AUGAAAUUAUUAUUAGCUUUAUUAUCUCUUCUUUUAACAUUUUCAGUAUUGGUACAAUCUCAUGAAGCCUAUUUUGGUUUAAAAACCAAUGAUAACGAAGAGUUUGUUUUCAAAUUAAUAAAAUCCGCAGAAAUUCAAAAAGCCAGAAAAAUUUUGUCUGGAAAGGAAGAAUAUGAAAUUCAUGUAAUGGGUAAUAUUAAAAAGAAGCAAGAAAAAUAUAAUCCAAAUUAUUCCUUUAUUCUUGACCCAAAUACAAUCGAUUUUUUUGACAUUGGUGUUAGAAUUUGUGAUGUUACAUCUCAAAAGAUACAAGAUAACAUUGAUAGACCCUGUAGUAUUGCCUCUGGUGUCCAAGAUCUUCAAGAUUAA